AUGGAGGAAGCCCGAGAUAGGUUAUUUGAUUUAGGUUCGGAGAAUAUUAGUGAUGGUUUGCCUUUUUUACAGUUAGGAUUUAUUAAGGAGGACACCGAGCAAGAGUCCGUAUUUAAGGGUGGUAUGGUUUCAUCAGAAAGUGGUGCGAGUGUAUGUGGUGAAACGGUUUCGGAUGGUGGACCCAAGGAAGUUCAACUUAUGGACGGAGGAGGCGGGAGAGAUGUAUAUGAUGAUGGAAGAUUUUUCAUACCCGGAUUUUACGAAGUUCAAAAAAAAUUGGUGGGGAUGAAUGGUAAAAAAGUAGCUAGUUUUAUUACGGGAACCAGCAUUGAAAACCCCGGAGCAGACCCGGGAGAAGUUUUAAAAGCUAUCUACAAAAGAAAAGACCGCGGAGCAGUGAUUUGCUUUGACGAGAUUGAAAAAGCCGACCGCGAAUGUAAAGAAGCUUGUGGAAUACCGACCGACAUUACCACCAAUAAAGGGUUUACGGAUACCUUUUUAGAUUUUCCCACGCCCACUAAUGAAUGUAUUUUUGUAGCGACCGUGAACCGAACCGAGGAUGUUCCUCCUUUUAUUGCUGACCGGUUUGCUAUCCGCAUAGAGGUCUUGCCUUUGCCUUAUGAGGAAAGAUUAGAAGUGAUAAGGGUAAUUUUGCAAAGUUUCUUACAAAGAGAAGGAGUAGAUGACAAGUGUCCGUAUGCUCGGGAUAAGAGGAAUGAGCAUAAAGUGAACUGUAUGUGUUUUACUCAGAAUUUAGAUAUGGUUCCUGAUACUAAGCAAAAGUUUACGGAGUAUUGCCAAGGAUUAAACGGACAAGUAGCGAACUUAAUUGAGAGUUAUCGGGCUUAUUUUACGGGCAAUAUUUACCCUUUGCUAAAUAAACCCGAGGGAGAUAAAACCUUGCUUUUUAGGCAAGUGGAAGGGUUUAAGGAUUUAUUACGACAAUUAAAUACCCAGCCGAUGUUUUUAACCGACCGAGAGGAUGAAUUGUUUGCUAGUGAUAGUGAAAAGAUGCUGGAAGGCCGGAUUAAUUAUAGUUUAGCCAUGCGAAUGGAAGAAGCCCGGGAUAGGUUAUUUGAUUUAGGUUCGGAGAAUAUUAGUGAUGGUUUGCCUUUUUUACAGUUAGGGAAGAUUAAGGAAGAUACGGAGGCCGGAUUAGUGAUAGCUUGCCAAAAUCGGAAAGGGUUUAAUUUACAGAGUCCGUAUUUAAGAGUGGUAUGGUUUCAUCAGAAAGUGGUGCGAGUGUAUGUGGUGAAAGGGUUUCGGAUGGUUGACCCAAGGAAGUUGUAUGUGGAGGUUAAGUUAGAGGAGGAUUGA